AUGUCUGGAGAAGAACUCGAUGCAAAUGAAGUGCUUUUCUUGAGUGGUGCCGCGGCAUUGCUUGAGGAGAAUGAUAAGCUAGUUCUCACUCCAUUCGAGAAGAACCUAGAUAUAUGGCGACAGCUUUGGAGGCAUAUGCAAGAGAAGUUGAUGGACACAAAAAGACAUUGCUUCUCAUUAACAAGGCAGACCUUCUACCGGAUUCUGUUAGGUAACACUGCCACUCCGCUGUUUCCUAUUGAUUUCUCCCAUAAGACAUCAUCAGAAUUUAAUGCGAAGGCUGCUUCUGCAGCUCUGGAGAGGAAAACUUUCAGUUUCGCCACAGGUAUGCAAAAAAGUGAGCUAGAAUUGGUUGAUUCCGAGAAUAAAGUAUAUGGCAGGGAAGAGCUACUUGCUCUCUUGCAAUCUGAAGCCGAGCAAAUAGUUUCUGUGAGAAACAGUGUAAGCUCCAAUGUGGCAGGCCUGUCUCACUGUCAUCCUAAUGACGGAAAUCUCACUGGACAUGCGCCAUCUCGCAGCGUAAUUGUUGGAUUUGUUGGUGUUUCCAUCCUUUACGAGUUCAAGGUUGUGGCAAAUCGAGUACCUAGGCAUGUUAUCGAGAAUGUCUACAAAAUUUCUUUGCCAAAACCCAAGCCGUAUGAACCACAAUCACGGCCUCCUUUGGCUGCAGAGUUUUUGAGAACUUAUAUGUUGCCUCAAGUGGACUGCCGGAUGAAACUAGAGCUGCCCGCCAAAUUUUGGAUUAUAUCAAUGGGAAGCUUCUGCACUUUGAAAUGCCUAUCAAUGAAGAUGCCACCGAAGAUGUUGCCAAACCUGGUCCAUUGGAGAUUCACUGAUCAGAUUCAUCUGAUGUCGAAGACCAUUUGA